GCCCCCUUCAGCAGAGACAGCCCAGGCAGCACCUGCUGAGCCCCAGCUGCUGUGGGGUGAUGACACCUGGCCUGAUUCACCCUCCAGGUUGCUGAGUUCUCAGCUGAGCCCCCUGCAUUCCCUUUGCCUUUCCUCUUCUCAGUCUCCAUGUGUUCAGAGGAGAUGUUGUCUCCCCUCUGUGCCACACAGAGGAUGGGGAUGCAGGUUUGGGGGGGAUGCCUGGAUGCAGACUCCUCUCCGUGGGGACUGCCCCCGCAGGUCGCUGGGGACAUCUUUUCACCAAAACACUGCUGCAUUAAUUCUUCUGAGCUCUGGCACUCUCUCACGCUGCCAGACACAGGCAGAGUGAGAAUAGGAAGGGGGAGGGCAGGGAAAAAAAUUAAAGAGGGAAGAAUGAGUCACCAGUCCAGACAAAUUGCCUCCAAGACACUAAAAUUAAGCUGAAGAGAGAGGUCCCAGCAGUACUAUGGAUCUGGCAGCUGUGAGCACCUGCUUUCCUGAUGCAUUGCAGGGACUUGAGAGCAAGUGUUACAGGUUGGCUGCUGCUGCCACUACUUGCAGGAGAGAGGAGGGCUCAGGGUGUGAUGAUUGGCACUGCAAAAUCCUGCAGUCCGAGCAGGGCACAGAGGAGCUAUGGAGUUGAGCCAAAUUACUGCUCCCAGCUGCAGCAACACUUCUGAGCUUCAAAGGCUGCUUCCUGCUCUGAGGAGGUUCAUUGGUGAUGCCAGGUACAGCCAGACACAGUGAAGCUCCCGAGGUACCCUGCUGCCAGGGAAAUUUCUGCAAUUUCAAUUCAUGGAAUAAGGCAGUUAAUUCAGUGAUGUGACAUAUUACCUACUGAUAAAGUUCAGAGGAACCCUGGAGGGCAUCCUGUGGCAGGGAGUUCCAUAAAUAUCUGCACUGCACAUGGGCUGCUGGAUGAAUUGCCCAGGCCCCAUCCAAAGGUAAUGUAAAUUAUGUCAAUGUAAGUCCAGAAGAAUAAAAAUGAAGCCUCUGGUAUGGGCUAUGUACCUGUGAAAGGGCAAGGGACACAAAGUACUUGAAAAUGGGAUCUGACCUCCUUAAGCAUCCUAAGCAUGGCUCAAAGCAAUGUAUUCCCAGUGCUUUAUUACUUCUCUCCAGUUUUCAAGCCUUAGCUUUUGCCUUUUCAGUUUUCCCCAUCCCUAUCACAUAUAGCAAUGCAUAUGAUGUGUGUGAAACAAAAUUCACGUAUCUGCCUACCUGUGGAAGUGCACAGGCUGAGCUCUCCUCCCAACACAGUUUAAGCAGAGGCAGAGAAUGGGACACGACUCAGAGCACUGAGGAAGUGAUCUGGAGAGCUGGAAUUUGUGAUUCUAUGCCUGUGCUUACUCUAACAAGUCCUGCAAGGGUUAGCAGGACUGUGCAGAGCUCUGCUAUUGCAUGGCUCUGUUUCUUCUAGCAAAGGAGCUUGGGGGCUUCUUCACAGUGCUCCAGACACCUGCCCUGCCGUGGUAAAGAAAACCUCUGGGUGCUACCCAUGCCAUUCCUUCCCCAAUGAGCACUCCUGUCUGUUCUGUAUGUCCAGACAGCAUCAUGGCCAAGUUCUAGCCUAAAGAGGCCUGAUAGCUUUGAAGUCCUGUGCUGCUUUCAGCAGCUCAUCUUUGAGCAGCACUGGCUGCACAUAAAGUUGCCAAAGUAGGUUUGGAUGGCACGUUUUAGACCCUGGCUAUGUUGUGCUUGAAGAGAUACUGCCUUCUUGUGUUAAAGCUGCAAUUUACCCUCGGGGCUCAGAAGCUCACAAAUGGCAGUGCCAAAUGUCAAGAACUGGGUGAUGCACAGCUCAGAGAGUCACUGAUGCUGGCUGCAGGGCAGGAAAGGGGUGAGAAUGACAGGAAAGCCCUUGUGCAGGCAAUGGGAUGGGAAAAUCCUUCGUGGGACAGCUGCUCACACAAAGAUUCAUUUAUUUCUUAGAUCAGUUUCCUCUGGGUCUGUGUCUUUCAGCAGAGAUGAAGUCCGGUAGGAGAGUUUUGGGGUUGUUAAACUAGGACAUUUUCUCAAUGAAGGUGCAAAAGAGAUCAUGUCCCUCAUCUCCAUCCAUCUGGGGGUGCUCAGGGGGCAGAAGGGUUUGUGUGCUCAGCAUCGCCCCGAUUUCUGAGCAUCCUGGCAGCCAGAAGGUUUUGCUGUGUCCCUGCAGCUCCGGGCAGCUCCAGCCCUGCCUGCAGGACCCUUGGAGCAGGGUCCCGUCUCCCGGGUGUCCCUUGGAGAGCCGAGCCGAGCCUCCUGCGCGCCACUCUCCCGCCCCAUAGCUGCUCUCUGCAUCCCUCUUUUCUUCCCUCCGCUGCCUCCAGCUUCUUUUCCCUCACUCCUCAUUCCUCCAUCCUCGCCUCUUUGCGCUCCCCUCACCCCUCUGCCCAUCUCCUCGCGCCUCCCUCUCCCGCUUUUAUUCUCCCUGCCGGUGUCUCCCCCCGCUCAUCAUCGUUCUCCUGCCCUGUGAUCCAUCCCCUCCUUCUCCUCCUUCUCCUGCCGCCGUUCCCAUUGGCUGCGGGCUGCCGGUACCGGCGCUGGGCUCCGUGUGCCCGAGCCCCGCGGAUGCCGGGGGCUGCGUGGGGCAGAGCCCCCCGCCCGUGGGGCUGAGGGGCCGCGAUUCCCGGGGCUCCUCGGCCCCCGGGGGCGAUGGGCGAGCCCGGCCAGCGGGACUGGCGGCUCCGGCAGCGCCCGGCGGGCUCGCUGCCCCCGGGAGAGAGGGACAGGGGACAGGCGCGGCGCGGCUUCUCCCGGGCGAGCGGAGGACAAUGUGCAUCCCGGCGACAUCUCCAGAUUGCUAACUGAUCCUGCAAGGACACUUGCCCCUGCCCUCUUCCCUGCCUCUGCUAUGGACACUCCUGCUUUUAGCCUCCCCACGCCGGCAGUGUUGGAGGAGGGGAAUGCCUCCAGCAGCUGGGCAGGCUUCACCACCCCCAACAGCUCCUCCACCGUCAGCCCCGGUGUAGUUGUCAGCGGUGUCCUCAUCCCCGUGGUCUACCUCAUUGUCUGUGUGGUGGGGCUGGCUGGGAAUUCCCUGGUCAUUUACGUGGUCCUGCGGCACUCCGUGAGCGAGUCGGUGACCAACGUGUACAUCUUGAACCUGGCCCUGGCUGAUGAGCUCUUCAUGCUGGGCCUGCCCUUCCUGGCUGCGCAGAAUGCCCUGUCCUACUGGCCCUUUGGCUCCUUCAUGUGCCGCCUGGUGAUGGCCGUGGAUGCCAUCAACCAGUUCACCAGCAUCUUCUGCCUGACGGUGAUGAGCGUUGACCGCUACCUGGCUGUGGUCCACCCAGGGAAGUCCUCCAAGUGGAGGACAGCACGGGUGGCCAAGGCUGUCAGCGUGACCGUCUGGGUGCUGUCUUCCAUCGUGGUGCUGCCCGUGGUUGUCUUCUCAGAUGUCCCUUUAGGGAUGAGCACGUGCCACAUCCAGUGGCCAGAGCCCGCCUCAGUGUGGAGAGCCGGCUUCAUCGUCUACACGGCCACCCUGGGCUUCUUUGGACCGCUGCUGGUGAUCUGCCUCUGCUAUCUGCUGAUUGUAGUGAAGGUUCGCUCCUCCGGCAGGCGGGUGAGGGCUCUGUCCUCCAAGCACAAGCUUUCCGAGCGCAGGGUGACCCGCAUGGUGGUGACUGUGGUGGCCGUCUUCGUCCUCUGCUGGCUGCCCUUCUACGUCCUCAACAUCAUCAACGUUGUCUGCCCGCUGCCGGAGGAGCCGUCCCUCUUUGGAGUCUACUUCCUGGUGGUGGUGCUGCCGUACGCCAACAGCUGCGCCAACCCCAUCAUCUACGGCUUCCUCUCCUACCGCUUCAAGCAGGGCUUCCGCAGGGCCAUCCUCAGGCCCUCCCGCCGAGUGCAGAGCCAGGAGGCGCCUGCCGGCCCCCCCGGCAAGGUGGAUGGCGACAGGGAGGAGGGGGAGGUCAGCAAGAUCACCCAGAACGGCAACGACGGGCAGGAGCGCCCUCCGAGCAGCGGAGAAGGAAAAAGCAGAGAGCAAAAGCCGCUCCCUGAGGAGGGAUGCGAGAAGAGCAGCAAGUUGCAUGUCAGCUAUUUGUGAUGGAAGGGGUGGUGCAGGGGAAAGGGACAUCGGGAUCCCCUUCACCUUCUCUGCUUCCACAGGGAAACAUCGAUACACGAGAAUAAUCAAGUCUGAGGGAAUGCAUAAAGAUGAAUAGGGCUCCCUGAUCUUGUGGAAAAAGCAAGGCAUUGCUCUUGGCUUUGGAAGAGACACCUGAGGUUUGUGUGGUACCAGUGUUACCAGAAAUGGGUAAAAAAUAAAACCUCCUUAACACUAAUGUAACGUUAAGAAGCAGGCAUUCUUUAUUUGGCUGGAUGCACAGGGGGUAUCUCCUUCAAAAUAUCAUGCAUGCUGAGUACAGAAAAGUCUCCCAUUUAUAUACUAUAUUUUACAUACUUGCUCGUUGAUUUUCCCAGAAUAAACAUACAUAUGAUAUUAAUUU